AUGGACAAAACGCUAUCAUUUUUGGUAACUUAUAAAGGUAGAGAUAUGGUGCUUAGGCUUUUGUCCUACUUUUCAAAGUUCAUUGCCGGCUCUUUGAAUUCAAGAGAAUUGUCUUUCAAUUUUAAUGAAUUUAGUACACAACUGAGUUCUUCGAGAGCUUGUUUUAGAUUGUUGGAUGGUUUUCCGACAGUCGUUCGAGUUUGGAGAGAGAAUACUAAAGAAAAGGACAACAGAAAUAUUAAUGAAAAAUUGAUUGAUUUGUUUGAAAAUAUUGUCGAUUUACUUUUUUGCCCUUUAGAUAGUUUAACAUGGGCAGAAUAUAAUAGAAUUAUUAAACCUCCUACAACUGUAUGGGAUACAGCUGGAACUUAUUGUUGGGUUUUAUCAUUAUAUAUAGGUAUAAUAAAAGUUUUUAAAAAACUAAUUAACAUAUCUGCUCAUAAAAAAGCCUUUGAACAUGUUAAAUCAAACAGUGGAGCAGUUAAAAAUCAAUCGAAGGAAAUUUGGAAUUUGAAAAUGACAUUAACAAGGUAUGUUAUUGAUAUAAUGUUUGCAGUAAAUUAUUUACCCAGAGGUGUACUUUGGGCUGAAUAUUUAAAUCAAAAACAAAGAAAUGAACAAUACGAAAAAGAAUUUGAUUUUAUGUGCAUGACCUCGGCAGUAUUAAUGAAAGUUAAUAGUUGUAGAAGAAAUAUUUAA